AUGCUGCCGCACUUCGAAGUGGAGACUGGCCGCGUGCUUGGCAGCAACCUCGAGAUGACUUCGGUGCUGGAUGCGCCCCUUCCCACCGCUUGCGGUCUCUCUCCUCUCUUUACACUCGCCAACAAGCACCUGCGUCAGGCCAACGAGAUAAAUGAGGAUGUCAGUUUUUCACUCUCCGUGGAUGGAACAGUUAGCGUAUACCCUGCCGUCACUUCCGACACCCCUGGCGCGUUGAAGAAGCAGCAAACAGUCUCAGCCGCAAGCAUUGCCCACGUACUUUUGCUUGGUACGAAGCUCAUGGACUCCUGGUACAUUUGCCCACCCUCCUCCUCCUCUUCGUCCCAGUCAAAUCUGCCGCCUGGUCUGGUUGCAACUACAUCUUUUGUCCAACUGUUUGUUAAAGUCACUCCUGCUCCAGCCGUCCAGCUAGAGACUGACCUGGCCGCCCUACAGCUUACUUCGAGCCAACUGGCUACUGCCACCCGGAUUGGC